AUGGCGUCUAUAGGGGAAUUUGAUCCGCUCAACUCCACCGUACCUGCGACCAAGAUUGAAGUCACCGUGUCGUGCAGGAACCUGUUGGACAUGGACACCUUUUCCAAGUCAGACCCAGUGGUGGUGUUGUAUGUCCAAGGCCUUGGGACCAAGGAGUGGAGAGAGUUUGGGCGAACAGAAGUGAUCGAUAACACGCUGAACCCAGACUUUGUGAGGAAGUUUGUUUUGGAUUUCUUCUUUGAAGAGAAGCAGAACCUUCGCUUUGACGUGUACAAUGUGGACACCAGAAGCUCCAACCUCUCUAAGCAUAAGGACUUCCUGGGUCAGAUGUUCUGUACGCUGGGGGAGAUCCUCGGCUCUGCUGGGAGCCGCCUGGAGAGAACUCUGUCAGGUAUUCCCGGGAAGAAGUGUGGAAGCAUCAUCUUCACAGCUGAAGAGCUCAGUAACUGCCGGGAUAUAGCCACCAUGCAGUUCUGUGCCAACAAGUUGGACAAAAAGGAUUUCUUUGGCAAGUCUGACCCCUUCUUAGUCUUCUAUCGGAGCAACGAAGAUGGGACGUUCACCAUCUGCCAUAAAACUGAGGUGAUCAAGAACAAUCUAAACCCAGUUUGGCAGCCCUUCACCAUUCCUGUACGAGCACUCUGCAAUGGAGACUAUGACAGGACAGUCAAGGUGGACGUGUAUGACUGGGACAGAGAUGGAAGGUCUUGCUGUCACUGCUUCCUCAAGCACUUCCCUUCCAGUCAUGACUUCAUUGGAGAGUUCACCACCAGCUACAGAGAGCUGUCCAGAGGCCAGAGCCAGUUUAAUGUCUAUGAGGUUCUGAAUCCUAAAAAGAAAGGCAAGAAGAAGAAAUAUAUCAAUUCAGGAACGGUGACUUUGCUGUCUUUCAAGGUGGAGUCAGAAUAUACGUUUGUGGAUUUCAUCAGAGGAGGGACACAACUCAAUUUCACAGUGGCUAUAGACUUCACGGCGUCUAACGGUAACCCAUCCCAGCCUACCUCUCUGCACUAUAUGAGUCCCUAUCAGAUGAAUGCCUACGCCAUGGCUCUGAAGGCUGUGGGGGAGAUCAUCCAGGACUAUGACAGUGACAAGCUCUUCCCUGCCUACGGCUUUGGUGCUAAGAUGCCCCCGGAUGGAAAGAUCUCCCACGCCUUCCCCUUGAACUCGAAUGCAGAGAACCCAAACUGUGUGGGGAUCGACGGUGUGCUCGAGGCCUAUUUCCAGAGCUUACGCACUGUUCAGUUAUAUGGCCCAACCAACUUCGCUCCUGUUAUCAACCAGGUGGCUCGGUGUGCGGCGGAAGUGACCGAUGGCUCUCAGUACUUUGUGCUGCUGAUGAUCACAGACGGUGUCAUCUCAGACAUGGCCCAGACCAAGGAGGCCGUGGUCAAUGCAUCUGCUUUGCCCUUGUCUAUUAUCAUAGUGGGAGUAGGCCCUGCUGAGUUUGACGCCAUGGAGGAGCUAGAUGGAGAUGAGGUCCGAGUAUCAUCAAGGGGACGUUUUGCUGAAAGAGACAUUGUCCAGUUUGUUCCUUUCCGAGACUAUAUUGACCGGUCAGGGAACCAGGUCCUAAGCAUGGCCAGGCUGGCUAAAGAUGUCCUAGCUGAGAUCCCUGACCAGUUGUUGUCUUUCAUGAAGAGCCGGGGGAUUGAACCCAGGCCUGCCCUGCCCGCCACUUCUGAGUCCUCCACCGAGGCCACCACCACCUCAACCACCGCCCCUGCCCACAAGGGACGCAACAUGCAUGCCUGA